AUGAACUCAAUUCUUCAAUCGUAUUUGCGAGACUUCGUAGUUGUAUUCCUCGACGAUAUUCUAAUCUUUAGCAAGUCCUUGAGUUCGAGUGAGCAUAUGAAGCAUGUUGCCACUGUUCUGGAGACUAUGAAAGCGAAUCAGGUGUACCGCAAACCGUCCAAAUGUGAGUUUGCACAGCAAGAAGUAUUGUUCUUAGGCCAUCGAAUCACUGGCAUGUCAAUCUCUCCUGAUAUGAACAAGAUCGCAGCUGUUGAAGACUGGCCAGUGCCAUCAUCUGUCAAGGAACACUUUGAUAUCUAUACUGACAACAUGGCUGUUACUUAUCUGAGAACCAAGCGUCACUUUAGCAAGCGAGAAGCCAGAUGGAUCGAGUUCUUGGUGGACUACCACUUCACGAUUAACCACAAGCCAGGCAAGGACAACGUCGCGGACCCACUGUCCCGUCGACGUGAUUUGAACGCCCUUGACAGUCAUCAAGAUCAAGGUCCACACCUCACAGCCAUAGAGUAUGCGGUGGAACUGAAUGCAGAGGUAUCAGAGACUCUUCUUGUUUUCCGCGCUGAUGCGGCUGAUGUCUUCGCGCUGGUGCUGGGCGUGGUCCUCGAGAUCACUGAUGCGUGA